AGUCAAAAUAAAGCAACUGUCAUUUAACAUUAUUUUUAUCCUAUUUAGAAACACUUUCAAAAUUAUAUCAGUUCAUUAUGUCCACAAUUAUCAUUAUCGCUGCACACAGAGUCAGAAGAAGAAAUUAUAGGUAAUCAGCAGCAUCACAUAAGGAUGGCAUCUAUUUGCAAGAGAACUGUUUCUGGGCCUCGCAUCAGAAAUCAUGGAAGAAGUACAUUUUGUUGAACAGUUUUUUAUAAAAAUGAAGACAUUUUAUGCUUUUAUAUCGCAGGUGUGUUUUUUCAUUCUUGUCGACUCGAUACUAGAAAAGAACGGAGAUUUUCGGGAUCUAAAAAGUGAUAAAAGCGUUAUCAUGGCACUAACAUCAAUUCUGUUUUACUCAGUAUUCGGCUAUUUUGUUACAAGAGUCAAGGAUAUAUUUUCAAACUCACAGAUUAACAAUCUUCACGUCACUUCGAUCUGGCGAUCAACUUUUACACUGGAUCAUUAAAUUAAUUUUAGAGUGGGCCAAAGCAGUUGUGAUAGUUGUUUGCUUAAGAGAACAAGGUAUUAACUAUAGUCCUAGUAUUAGUUACAGUAUUGUUACUUUUAUAUAUUAUCUGUGUACAGAGAAGAUCUUUACAGAGACCCUACCAGAGGUAGUAGAAAUAUUCAACAUAGAUUUAUUAGAUAACUUGGAAUACCUUUAUGUACCAAUGAUCCUUAACUUUAUAGCGAUAACAGCUGCAUUUGUUGCAUCCAUGUAUAUUUACUUCAUACAAUGUUCUAGUUUUCUUCUUCUGAGUAUGUACUUUUUAUUAUAUAUACGUUUAAAAGAUAUUUACCAUAAUCAGUGGAAGCUUCUACAGAUAGAGAAAGCAAUGUUUAGAAGUUUUAAAAUUGCUACAAGAGAAGAGAUUAUAGCAUGGGCAGACAUAUGUGCCAUUUGUCUCAAUAGUAUGUCCAAAGCUAGAAUGACACCGUGUAAACACUUAUUUCAUCCGAUGUGUCUAAAGCAAUGUCUGAAGAGUUCUUUUCUUUGCCCUUUGUGUAAAAGUAAUUUUCUGGGAUCAUAUUGAAUAUAAAUAAAUUUUUU